GCGCGGCUGGAGAAGUACAGCCCGAGUGCGGCCAAACUCGCGCGCGACGAGGCCGAGAAGGACAAGGCGAAGAAGCAGCAGCCUGCCCGGCCGCCGAAGUCCUUGCGGCAGCAGCUCCACUCGGCCAAGCAGCGCAAGCAGACGAAGGCCAAGGGGCUCCGUCCUCAAGGCCGAGAGCAGCUCCAGCAGCGGCAGGAGGCCUUCCAAGAGGCACAGGAGAAGCGCGACCGCCUGCUGGAUGAAUCGUUCGAUGCCAACCUGGAGCACGAGCGGGCCUCCGAGGUGGACACGCCGCUGUUGGAGGGCCUCGCUCACCUGGGCGAAUACGAAGAAGGCGAGGUCAAGCAGGAGGUGGCCACCUUCCGUGAUCAACUUGCCGAGGCGCAGACCCACCAGAACACCCUGCUGGACAAGGUCGAGAAGCUGCGCACCCAGCGGUCACAGCUCGAGAAGAGGCAGACGGAGCACAUGCCUGAGGCGUCGAAGAAGGAGCCUGCCGAGCAGCCCGGCGCGCCGCCUGCGCCCGCUUCGAAGCCCGCGGCGUCGGGGGCCGAGAAUCAGUCGCGCGGGGCGGGGCUAGAGCAGGCCAAGGCGAAGCUGCAGGCCAGCAAGGGUGACAGGCGCAUUCUCGUUGUCAACAUCGAGAAGUGCGGGCCCAGGGCCCACGAGUACAUCAACGAGGUUAUCGACAGCAGCCCAGCCACAUCGACGACUGCCCUGUGCGAGACGCACGUGGCGAAGCACGAGAAGGCUAAGCUGCGCAGCGACCAGGACAAGGAAGCGCGAGAAGGCUAA